AUGGGGAAGAAAGGGAAGAAGAAGUGUGAAACUCCGUCCAAGGACAAGUUUGAGGCUCUUCCUUUUGAAGGCAAAACCCCACAAACAGUGGUUCUGCUGCUGAGUUCACCAGAGGAGGAUAUCCUUAUUAAAGCCAGUGAAACAAUCUAUGUAUUUGCAGAGAAAGGAGAUGAGAACAAAGUUUCUCUGCUGGGAUUUGGUGCAUUGGAGCCUCUCUGUCGGCUCAUCGCUCACAACAACGUGCUGAUCAGACGCAACGCCAUCAUGGCCCUGGGCACCAUGGCCGUCAAUGGUGAUGUUACGGUUGCUCUUAAAAAAACGGACGUUAUUCCAUCGAUUAUCGAAAGACUAUCACCUGAAGAGGAUAGAGUUGUCCAAGAGUUUGCAACCCUGUGCCUGGCCUCUCUGUCGCCGGAUUUUGUAUGUAAGGCCCAGAUCUUUGACAACAAAGGCUUACCACCUUUAAUUCAGCUUCUGUCCAGUCCAGACCCAGAUGUUCAGAAGAACUCGGUAGAGAUUAUCUUCAACCUAGUUCAGGACUACCAGUGUCGUGUGGCGGUUCAUGAGUUGGGCGGGAUCGCUCCACUUCUGGAGCUGUUGAAGUCGGACUUCCCUAUCAUUCAGCGUCUGGCUUUAGAGACGCUGAUGAAUGUCACAACUGAUAAAGAUACAUGCAACACCUUCAGUGAAGAGCAGGGAUUCGAGAAGACCAUGGAAAUCCUGAAUAACAAGGACCUCAAUGACCUUCAUGCUGAGGCCCUACAUGUAUUAGCUAACUAUUUGAGCGACAGUGAGAGGGUGCACCUUAUCCACCAGGGCGGAGGCCUGGCCACGCUGAUGGACUUUUUUCUCACCCCCAACUCGUCUGAAAUCCAGUCCAUUGCUGUUAAAUGCAUAACCAGGCUUGCGCAGAGCUCUGAAAAUCAAAAGAUGCUCCAUGAGCAGAAUGUGGAGAAGGUUCUGGUCGACUAUCUGUCUGCGGCAGACGCCAGCGUGAAAACGGCUACCUGCAAGGCUGUGGCUGCCAUGAACCUCCACUUAGCCAGUAAAGAGCGCUUCCGAGAGCUGGGUGGGAUCCCUGCGUUGGUAAAGGCGCUGAAAGUCGAAUGUGUGGAGCUGAUAGAGGCAGCAUCCCAUGUCCUUGCUGACCUCACACAUAACAACCACCUCAGCAACAUGGCGGUGUACAAGGCAGGAGGCCAUGCGAUCCUUGUCCAGCAGCUCCAAAGAAGUUGUCCGAAGACGGUAGCCAAUGCUGCUGCCACGCUUUGCAACAUGGCACAACAGGAAGCCAUUCGCAACAGCAUUCUGUCACAUGGAGUCAUACAGGCUCUGGUGGAGCCCUUAAAGUCCACAGAUACACAGGUGUUGGUCAACACCACACUGUGUCUGGCAGCACUGGCCUGUGAUGAAGAAGACAGGGCAGAGCUACUGAGUGCAGGAGGCCUUCAGCCACUGGUCAAUCUGCUGCGAUCUUAUCACAAGGAGGUGCUACAGAGUGCGUGCUUGGCAGUAAUUGUUUGUGCCAGUGAUGAGCCCACCAGUGUGGAGAUGUGCAAAUUUGGGGCUGUAGAACUGCUUCAGGAAAUCAACCAGUCAGUGAAACGCCGGAGCAGUUUCAGCGAGUCAGCCAUGAUCAGCCUGCUCAAGUACAACUUGUCUGUGAAAUACAGCCUGACAGAUCAUCUAACCUCCACUGAUGUGGUUAGCGAUGGCUUCUAUGAUGCCGGCAAGGCUCAUGCAGGACAGAGGAUUCUGACAUUAGAGGAAUUUUCUAAGCAGCCAGUCAACCAGCAACGACCCAUCAUUGCUGUCAACACAGCUAUAGAGCAGAGGCAAGAAAGUGACCACCAACAGGAAGACGUGACUCAAUCUGUGUCUCCUGCAGAGAAACCGUGGAAGAUGGUGGAGGACGUCUCUUUGCAGGUUCUAGUUAAAGAAACCAAAGACUACAUCCUCUCGCUGGAUGACGAACGAGAGCAGUGCGCUGCCUUGGCCAGGAUGGUGAGCGAAGCCAUGGGGGGAGCAGUGGAGAUGGAGAAGAUGCACGCUUUCCCGUGGGUGCUGCAUCUCAGCGAGCUCAAGAUCCAGCUUCAGUCUAACGUUAUUCCCAUCGGGCUGAUCACCAGAGGAAUCUACCGUCACCGGGCUCUUCUCUUCAAGUGUCUGGCUGAUUGCAUCGGGAUGAGCUGCACAAUGGUUAGGGGCGAGUAUGACCGGGCUUGGAAUGAGGUCCUCCUCUUUGGUGUGGAUCCCUCCAGCGGCCGCCGCUCUUUAGGGCCCAGCCGCUUCAUAGUGGACCUCAUGCACAGGCCUGAAAGACUAUUGGCUGUGAAUACCCCUGCUGCUGUGCAGUACCAGUAUAUAUAGAACAGAAAUACUAAAUCAGAACACUAUGUAAUA